UUAUCUAGUUACUGUUUCCGGAACGGUUGAACACAGAGAAGUGACUCCAGUUUGAUAUUUUCCGUCCUCAUCAAGCAGCUCAGAUAUUUAUGAUCUGUUGGCUGCACUGCGUCGCAUCAACACAAAUACUGUAUAUAUAAACACACUGACUUAUAGCACGACAGGAAGUAAUGCAGUUUGCUUUAAAGAAUAAAAGCCCCGCAUCUCAGCUCUGAGUGAUCAGGCUCGUGGAGUCAUAAAUCACAGGCAAUUCUAGUAUUCUCAUUCAAAGGAUUAAAAAAAUAUAUAAAUAAAGGGUUAUAGAAAGGAUAAACAGCGACUAUUAAUAAUAUAUGGAAGUAAAUAGCAAAUAAUUUAAAUGUUUGAUUUCUUUUCCUUAAUGCCAACACUGGACUGUUAACACUGGCUUUAUUUCCUUGAUUAAACAACAAUAGCAGUUUUGUAAGAAUAACAUUUUUUUUUUUACAUAAUAAAGAUCAAUGGCGUACACAAAACACAUUCUACAAAAAACCCCGCAGAAAUUGUCUAGGAAUCACUGGGAUAAGGUAUAAACAAAACAAACAGCAUUAGAGCAAAAACUAUAGUCGACCGGAAUCAGAGAACUGGGGGAUUUUAUUUUGAAAGUUACCGCAGGAAAUGUUCGUUUUGGUUAAGUCUCUCUUGACAUGACGCGUACUUCAAUGCCAACUUUUCCUGGAGCGCACAGGCGCACAGUGUUCACUGCCAAACACGGCAUUGUUGAAGUGAGGAGACUUGGAGCCGCAGUCCCUCCAGGACACUCACACAUUUGAUGAUUAAAACAACCACUUCGGACGAUUCCGCUGCUUUUACGCACAGCGGCGGUGCCGCGCGUUUUUCUGUGUUAGUGUAGAGUUUUGUGAAAAAAAAAAAAAAAAAAAUCAGAUUUUUUCUAUUUUAGCAAACCUGUUGUCAACACAAUGUGGGGGGUUCCGAGGACUCGGUAUGCGGACUGUAACGGCUCUGAAGCCAGCGAGGAGACCGAGAUCGUUGUGAACAUCGGUGGAGUCAAACAGGUGCUGUAUGGAGACGUGCUGACCCGGUACCCGGACACCCGGCUGGCUGAGCUGGUGGAAUGUUCCCUCAAGUCCUCGGAGGAGAUCUCCUCUCUGUGCGACGACUACGACCCAGACACCGGGGAGUUUUAUUUUGACAGAGACCCUGAGGCUUUCAAGUGCAUCAUUGAGCUGUAUUAUUAUGGAGAGAUCCACAUGAAGAGAGGCAUCUGUCCCAUUUGUUUCAUGAAGGAGAUGGAGUUUUGGAAAAUCGCCGGAGAUUUUCUGGACGAAUGUUGCAAAUGCAACCUGAAGGAGGUGGAGGACGAACUUGCAGAGAUUGCAGAGAAGGUGAAAACUAUCCUGGUGGACAGAGAAGGAGACCCGGCUGCCGGGGGCUGGCAGCGCUUCCAGAUCUGCCUGUGGAGGCUGAUGGAGAAGCCGGAGUCCUCCCUGCCGGCGCACAUCAUCGCGAUCGUGUCGUUCCUCUUCAUCCUCGUCUCCUCCGUGGUCAUGUGCGUCGGCACCAUCCCCGAGCUGCAGGUGGAGGACUCAGAGGGCAACCUGACGGAGCACCCGACCGUGGAGGUCAUCGAGACCGUGUGCAUCUGCUGGUUCACCAUCGAGUACCUGCUGCGCCUGAUCUCCUCCCCAAACAAAGUGAAAUUCGUGCUGGCCUUCAUGAACAUCAUCGACUUCAUGGCCAUCAUGCCCUUCUUCGUGGUGCUCACGCUCACAUCCUUCGGCGCAGGAGUGAUGGAGCUGGCCAAUGUGCAGCAGGCGGUGCAGGCUUUACGCAUAAUGCGCAUAGCGCGCAUUUUCAAGCUGGCACGUCAUUCCUCUGGACUCCAGACCCUCACUUCCGCCCUGAAGAGCAGCUUCAAAGAGCUCGGGCUGCUCCUCAUGUACAUGGGCGUGGGAGUCUUCCUCUUCUCCGCCCUGGGCUACACCAUGGAGCAGAACCACCCGGACACGCUCUUCACCAGCAUCCCACAGUCCUUCUGGUGGGCUGUGAUCACCAUGACCACGGUGGGUUAUGGAGACGUCUACCCCAAGACCACUCUGGGUCGGUGUAACGCAGCCAUCAGCUUCCUGUGCGGAGUGAUCGCCAUCGCGCUGCCCAUCCAUCCCAUCAUCAACAAUUUCGUCAUGUUCUACAACAAGCAACAGGUGCUGGAGACAGCGGCUAAACAUGAGAUCGAGCUGAUGGCGCUGCGCUCCGGCGCCGGGGAUCUGGCGGCGGCGGCGGCUGCGCCCAGCGGCUCCCACGGACACGUCUGUGGCGCAGGGGUGUGGGACAGCGCCAUGCGCUCCUGUCAUAGUGACACAUACAUCCCUCUACUGAAGGAUCCCAGGGGAGGUGCAGGCAUGCCGACCCCCAGCAAGGACACCAGCUUUGACAGCCCAGCCGAGGCCGCGGACUAUUUUGUCUCCUGA